AAUAGGCCCGCUUAGCUAAAAUCGGAAGCUCAUUUAGCUUGUUUUAUUUAUAAUGCUUAUCUAGCUUGGGCUUGAGAAAGGAAAUGAGCAACACAAUUCCCUUCCCUCUUUCUAUAUAUGACCAAAUCCAAUCUAAUUUCGUUAAUGAUCACUAUCUAUUUCCUCGGUUGCUUGCCUUCAAAAUACUCCCAAAUGGCAGAAUCAGUUUCAACCAAGAAGCCGGUGUGACCUUCCUCAACCGCCCAUCGGAUCGCUUCAGCCGCUAUAGCAAGGAUCUCCGCCACCAAGCACCUAUCAUCGCACCAUCUCGAUUCCUCAAUAUCACACCUCCCUUUGCACAGCCACAUAAGAAACUCGCAUCUACACUGCCGGAUGUCACCCGAUUUCUUGUGUUCGCUGAACUGCCUUCCUAAGUACCACUGCUUCAACUUCCUUUGGAGUCCAAGUAGCUAUCUCAACUUAACAUCCUCCUGUAAUCCUACAUUCCUCAUCCCGAGCCAGCCAGCCCCAUGCCCUCACACUCCUACGCUCGUCAGCAGCCGUAUUCACAUUAACCUUUAUCCAACCCGCAUCUAUUUCUUCCACCCUUCACUCUUUUGAACUGCUAAAUUGCCGCUAUUCUCUCUGGUUUGUUCCGCUCCUUUCCAACCAAGUGGAUGGUGUAGAAUUCACAACACAACUUGCCUCUAACUCCACUCAUUUCCAUAACUUAUCAUUCCUUUGUUUUCACACACACCCAUACACCAUAAUAAAUUUGCAGCAAUUCUCCACUCUCAAUGCCUCUAAAUACUUUACCCACUCAUAAAAACAUUGUGCCCUCACCUGGAAACAAGCACCCAGAAGCUGCCGAACAGAUUUACUUAGUCACAAUAACAGAACAGAUGCAACAAAUUUUUACCAUCCCUGCCACAUACGCUACAAAUAUCAGUAACUUCCACUCCUCUUUCUCUCAGCUUAGCCACCAUAGGGACAUUCUGAGACAUAAGCUGCCAGAAAAAUAACUUCACUUUUGGAAGAAUAACAAACCUCCACAUACGGGUCUAGUCCACCCCACCUCCUCAGUUGAUAUUCUCUAACUAACAAAUGAUUACAACUUUUCAUCGAGUAGUGCCCCUUUUCUUCUCCCACCCAAUAAAAACCAUCCUCCAUCGGCCUCAAGCUAAUCGAAGUGCUCAAAAUUUUAUCACAGUCCUCCUUAUUAAAAAUACCCCUAACUCGUCCUGCGUUCCAAUCACACCUAUCCUCCCUCAAUAAGGCUGCCACAUUCAUAUUACUUAUCCUGGGUGGCCUUGUUGAGGGCUUGAGGCAAAUCUCCCCGAACUCACACAUGGAAUUCAAGCAUUUGACCAAACCCCGAUCUCCAUCUCAUUCCCAACCCAACGUCUCAUCCCUUUUUGAUAAUAUCUUGGGCUGCAAAAAUGCUCCUCCACACAAACGAGGGGUUACUACCCAACUGGGCAUACUCAGAAGAAGUAUUCAAAAAAUACCCCGCUUUAAAAACACGGCCAACUAACGAACCUGAUUCUCUAAUGAAACACCUUGAUUGUUUCCCAAGCAUGGCUAACGUAAACUCUAUUAAUUUUCUAAAACCUAGACCGUGUACCAACUUGGGUGCACACAACUUACUCAAUGAUUGUCACGUAAUGCCUCUCCGCGCUAAAUUCCCACCCUCCGCCAAUAACUAUUCAUGAUAACCACUAUUUCAUCACACAACUUUAUAGGUAAAAGAAAACUAUUCGUCG